AUGGCUACACUACCUACUCCUCUCGACUUCGACACCGACGAUUACCAAUUCCCGCUUCCCGGGUUUCGCUUCCACCCCACCGACGAAGAGCUCGUCGAUUAUUACCUCCGUCGGAAGGUCGAGAAGAAGUCCAUUGCCCUCGAACUCAUCAAACAAAUCGAUAUCUAUCGACACAACCCUUGGGAUCUUCCUUAUGGAAGUGGGGCGGCGGGGGAGAAAGAGUGCUAUGUGUUUGUGAAAAGAGGAAGGAAGUACAAGAACAGUGUUAGACCCAAUAGGGUAACGGGGGCGGGGUUUUGGAAGGCCACUGGUAUUGAUAAGCCAAUUUAUUCACAAGGUGGGGAACCUAACCGCUGCAUUGGCUUGAAGAAAACCCUUGUUUUCUACAAGGGAAGCGCUGGGAGAGGGCUUAAAACUGAAUGGAUGAUGCAUGAGUUUCGCCUCCCUCCAAAUACGUCUUCCAAAUCCCACGAUUCCGACGCGGCGGAGAUUUGGACGUUAUGUCGGAUAUUCAAACGGAAUAUCGUGUGUAGGAGAUACACACCAAAUUGGAAAGAAAUUCCGGCGAGCAACCGGGAAAGGAAGAGCACCAAAACAGUGGAUCAUCAAGCUUAUGAUGAUGGAGAUGGAAGAGAAACUUACAUAAGUUUUAGCUCGAACCCGUUUAAUGGGUUUGAAGAGAAGAAGCCAUUCUUGGUUUGUGAUGAAAGAAAACAAUGGGAGGAGCUGACGAUGAUGAUGAUGAAGAAGAAGAACAGUGAAGCAGCUGAAGUGAUAUCUGUGUCGCCUCCUUUGUCUGUAAACCAGUCUCCAGCUUCAUCGGGGUUCGAUGAGGAUGACUGGGAUGAACUUAGAUCCAUCGUGGACUUCCCUUUUGAUCCUUUUUUUAAUAACCCUUCGUUUUAA